AUGGGAACUCCGAAAAAGCCGUGUUGUGAAGUAGAAGGAUUCAUCCACAAGGUGUCUCCAGUUCUGAAGUCACGUUCAGGUGACGUGAAUUACUUCUCGGCAGUGUUUCAGGAGGCGACCCGUAAUAGCAGAGUUGUAGUGUUUGAUGUUCAGCGACACAAUCAAUUUCAGUGUGUGGAAAAAGACAAAAGUCCAGUGAAAUUGAGUGGUGUGGUUUUGAGCAAGUCAUCCCAAGGAAAAGAGAAGAUCGACAUUAAAUUUAAUUCAAGGUCGAAAUUGUCUGUUGUUCAGAAGCUUUCCUUUGCUUUUGAUCAAUUGAUUGGUGAUGAUGAUCAGAAGAGGACACUCGAGGAAAUUUUGCAAGAUGUCAGGGAGUACCAGAGAUUCUCUGACCUGAACCCUAAAGAAAAUGAGUGGGAUGGAUUGAAGAGAAAAAGCACCAACAUGGAGCUGGAAUCUGAAAGAUCUGGAGAGAUUCUGCAUGAAGGAAUGGUCUCUGAUCUCUGGUCUGAUUAUUUUCCACAACAAGUGAUACAAGGUUCCUUCCAUCAGGGUGAUGAGCGGUUUGGUUUCAACCGUAACAGACAGUGUGCAGUAAAUAGCAUCACGGCCGUAAUGAUGAGUCAACUGAAGAAUGUGCUGACAUGGACGACAGAGGACCUGAAUGCUGUUCUAAUGCAAGGAGAUGAGCUGUACACAUAUAUGCGACUGCAGGGGAAGAUCAAUGAUGACACAGGCCGGGGACAUGUUUCUGUUGCUGAAUUGCCAACCGUGCACACACUGUACAACACAAUAUUUUCAAUAAACCGUGCUGAAUCUUUCUCAGGUGUUAUUGGUGUUGAUGUGUAUGACGAAGCUGUGCAAGAUGUAUGCAUGCCCUUAGAUGAAGCACUUCAGAGGACCCUGUUUCAUGAUGAUGCAUGUUUGUUAAAUAUUAAAGACUAUAUUUGUGCAGUUAUAAAGGAAGGUGCAACAUAUGCUGUAGUUGAUUCUCAUUCUCGUAAUAGUAAAGGUAUGGGAACCCCAUUUGAAGUGACAGGUGUGAAAGCAUCUGUAAUUGGUAAGACUUCAACUGCUGAGACAAGUUCCUGUGAGUCUGGUCAACAAAGCAGCGUUUGUGAAGUUUCACCUAAAGCAACAGUUGACAAGAAAGUCAGUAGAGGCCCAGAAUGUGUUUGUUGUGUAUGUCAUCGUUUAUUGUUCAGAAAACAGGUUAUUGAAUGUAAAAGAGAUUGUUAUGAACAAAAGGGAGACAAAAUAGCUGAUUUAAGCAAAAGAUGUAUCACACUCAAGUAUUUACAUGAAUGUAACAAUGAAUGUAAGUCUAAUUGUUAUUUAUCUGGCAAUUUGUCAUGUAAAUUGUGGAUUUGCUAUACAUGCCAUCGAAAAAUCCUUAGAGGAAAACUACCUGAAGAGAGUGUUGCCAACAAUAUGCAUUUGGUGGAGAUUCCAAAAGAAUUAAAAUGUUUAAAUUCAUUGGAGCAACAUCUAAUAGCACUCAAUAUUCCUUUCUUACGUCUUCUUUGUCUGCCUCGGGGUCAACAGAAAGGUGUUCAUGGGCCUGUUGUCUGUGUUCCAGUAAAUACUACAAAGAUGACCAACAUUCUUCCACGAAAUGAAUGUAAUGACCAUAUGAUAAAGAUUAAACUGAAACGAAAAUUAACAUACAAAGGCCAUUAUGAAUAUAAAUAUGUCCACACAGAUCAUGUAAGAAAUGCUUUAUGGUAUCUACUAAAACACAAUAAAUGGUAUAAUGAUGUGGAGUUUAAAGAGCAGUGGGUCAACUCAUUGAGUGAGCCAGAUAAUAUACAAAGUAAUGCUAAUGAUGAAAUGGAUGAUGAUAAUGUAUCAGAUAAAAGUGGUGAUGAAGUUGAAGAAGGUGAAGAAUUGGAAAUUCAGCCAGAAGAAGAUUUAAGUUUUAUUGCAGAGCAAAAUGGUCUUUUGUCAGACACAUCACUACAGCCUGUUGAUAUUGGUUCAGAAGUUAUUGAUCAGCAUUUUCAUGAUGUACUAAAUGUAGCACCAGCUGAAGGUAACAGUCCUGUUAGGUUAUUAUCAGAUAAGACAAAUGAGGCAAAGUGCUUUCCUGUUCUUUAUCCGACUGGUGGUCCAACAUUUCAUGAUGCCAGAACUGAAAAAAUCACAUUGACAAGAUACCUGAAUGCACGAAUACUAAAUGCUGAUGGACGUUUUGCACAGAACACAGACUUCAUUUUUUAUGCACAAUAUAUAUCAGAAGUUGAUCAAAUUGUAUCUAAUGUCUCAAUUGCAUUACGCAAAGGUUGUGAGAAAGAUGAGUUAUCAAAGGUAACACCAGAUAUGUUGACAAAUUCUGAUAACUUACAAAAAAUACUGAAGUAUAAUGAAGGAUAUAAGUUUUUGAGACCUGUCAGAGGGACACCUCCUUAUUGGAUGUCUACACAGAAAGAUCUCUUUGCACUGAUUAGACAACUUGGCAUACCGACUUUCUUUGCAUCUUUUAGUUCUGCGGAUCUGAGAUGGUCUGAAAUGAUGAACACCAUUAUUAAACAAGAGGGUAAACAAAUCAUUGUUGAAGAGCUUGAGUGGGCUGAAAAAUGUGCAUUUUUGAGACGAAAUCCUGUAACUGCAGCGAGGAUGUUUGAUCACAGAUGGCAUUGUUUUCUGAAACAUGUCAUUAUGUCUCCAGCUGAACCUAUUGGUAAAAUAAAAGAUUAUUUUUAUCGUGUUGAAUUCCAACAACGUGGUUCUCCUCAUGUUCACUGUCUGUUUUGGGUUGAAAAUGCUCCAAAGCUUAAUGAUGAUGAUGAAGCUAAUGAUCCUGCGGUUGUUGAUUUCAUUGACACAUAUAUCACCUGUGAGACACCACCAGAGCAAGACACUGAACUCUUUGAAACAGUAAAGAAGCACAGUACUAAACAUUCAAAAACAUGUCGCAAGAAAAAUACAGUAUGUCGUUUUAAUUUCCCAAGACCUCCAUCUAGCCGUACCUUUAUUACAAGAGCAUCUAAUGCAGAUGAGUCCAAAGAGAAUGAUGAAGAUGAAACAGCAAGUGCAAUUAUAAAUAAAGUUAAAAUUGCAUUAAACUCUGAUGUGAAUUUUGAUUCAGUUGAUGCAUUUUUUUUAUUUCUGGGAAUUGAUCAGACUGUGUUUGAGAAAGCGUACAUCAAAUGUUCUAAAAAAAAAAGCAUUGUCCUGAAAAGAAAUAUAAAAGAUAUUUGGGUAAACCAGUAUAACAGAGAUUUAUUGCGUGCUUGGCAAGGGAAUAUGGAUAUUCAGUAUGUCACAGAUGCUUUUUCUGUUGUGGUUUAUAUUAUAAGUUACAUCACAAAAGCUGAGCAAGAAAUGGGACUGUUACUUCAACGUGCACAAAAUGAAGCUAUGAAUGGUAAUCUUGAAGCUAAAGCAUCAUUAAAACAAUUGGGAAGUUUGUAUUUGCACAGUAGAGAGCUUUCCGCGCAAGAAGCCGUGUAUAGACUGACAGGUAUGCAUUUAAAAGAAUGUUCACGUAAAGUACAAUUCAUUCCAAUAGGACCAAAUCCUGUUAAGAUGAGUUUGCCUUUGCAUCUACUACAAAAUAAAGUGGAGAAAGACCAGUCUGAUGAUGAAAGCAGUUAUUGGAUGACAAGUGUUGUUGACAGGUACAAGAAUAGACCUCAGACAGAACCAAUGAAAAAUCUUUGUCUUGCCAGUUUUUGUUCAGAGUACAGAGUUUUGUCAAAAUCUGAAGUUUCUUCACUAAAGCAAGUUAUUAAACUCAAUAAUAAUUGUGGUUAUGUGAAACGAAGGACACGAACUGAACCUGCAGUUGUGAGAUAUCCAAGAUUUUCACCCACAAAAGAUCCAGAAAAAUAUUAUCAGUCAUUACUUCAGCUUUUUCUACCAUAUUAUGAUGACUGUCAUCUUAAGCCUAGCAACUAUGAGACAUACGAGGACUUUUACAACAGUGGUGUCAUAAAAAUUGGUUGUACACUGCAUAAAGUAAAAUCAGUUGUUGACUGCAACAGAGAAUUGUUUGAAAAAGAAAGUGACAAAAUAGAAAAAGCUAAACAGCUUUUGGAGCAGGAUAUAGAUUUAGAGGAUGCUUGGGCUGCAAUAUGUCCUGAAAAUGAAAGACAGCGUCAUGAAUGUAUUGAAAUAAUGAAAAAUAAAGUAUUACCUGAUGAUGACACUCGAGAAGCGAUUCCAGAUCUUACAGGAAACCCUCAAACUGUUUGUACUAUUGAAACCAACCACACUAUUAUGCCCAGAGAUGCUGCAUUGGAUUUACUACGGUCAUUAAAUGAGGAGCAAUCUGCUAUAUUCUAUAAAGUCCGGAAGUGGUGUCUACAGAAAAUACUUGGACAGAACCCUGACCCUUUCAGAUUAUUUAUUACUGGUGGAGCAGGAACAGGAAAAAGUCAUUUAAUUAAGGCAAUACACUAUGAAUCAUCCAGACUAUUAUCUCAGUUGUCUGAAAAUCCUGAUGAUGUUACUGUGCUUUUAACAGCUUCAACAGGAGUAGCAGCUUUUAAUGUUGGUGCUUCAACUAUUCAUAAUACAUUUUCAAUUGGUGCAAAUGUCAGAUUGCCAUAUCAGCCACUCAGUGAUGAAAAAUUAAACUCUUUACGUGUGAGCAUUGGUAAUUUGCAAAUUUUGAUUAUUGAUGAAGUGUCUAUGGUUGACCAUCGUCUGUUGUCAUACAUUCACGGAAGGCUGCGACAAAUAAAACAAACUGGUGAUUACUCUCUAUUUGGAAAAGUCAGCAUUAUUGCUGUGGGUGAUUUCUAUCAGUUACCGCCUGUAAAGGGUACUGCUCUUUAUUCGGAUGCAAAAGGAGUAAACAUAUGGGAAAACAACUUUGAACUUGCUCAGUUAACCAAAGUUGUAAGACAAAAAGAUUCAGCUUUUGCUGAGAUGUUAAAUCGUCUGAGAGUACGUAAAAAAGAUGAAUCUCUUACAGCUACUGACAUUGCUACACUGAAAAAAUGUGAAACAGGGGAGAAAUGUAAUGAUCUUCACAUAUUUGCUACAAAUGCCGAGGUUGAUAAAUACAACAUUGAAAGACUACAUGAAUGUUGCCCAGAUGCAAUUAGUAUAAAUGCUCAGGAUUAUAUCAGAAAUUCAAAAACUGGAAGAAUGGAACGUAAAGUUGGAUACCACUCUAAAGUUUUCAACUCAUGUUUGUCAAAAUGUAUUUCCUUGGGUGUUGGAGCAAGGGUUAUGUUAAAGAAAAAUAUUGAUGUUGCUGAUGGUCUUGUUAAUGGAGCUUUUGGUACAGUUGUCCAUAUAAGUGAAAGUCAGAAAAAAGAUGAAGAUAAUGAGGAUUUACCAUCAGCUAUUCAUGUGGAGUUCGAUAAUCCAAUUGUUGGAAAAAUUCAGAGACACAGAACAUGUCAGAGAUUUUCUCAGAAUUCUACCGUAAUUAAUGUACAAGAAGAUCAAGUAACAAAUGAUGGUGGAAUAAGAAGGCAGUUUCCACUCAGAUUGGCGUGGGCAUGUACAGUUCACAAAGUGCAAGGACUUACAGUAGAUAAAGCUGUUGUAUCCCUUAAUAAAAUCUUUACAGCAGGACAGGCAUAUGUUGCAUUGAGCCGUGUUAGAUCUCUUGAUGGACUGAUUAUUGAGGACUUUAAAGAUUCUGUCAUAUUUUGUAAUGAGAAAAUUGAGCUGGCAUUAAAAGAUAUGCCAAAAUUAACUUUGGAAAAGUUCCUUUUCAGUAAAUCACUUGGUACAUUGAGAAUAGCACUGCUUAAUGUACAAAGUCUGAAAGCUCACUUACCGGAUGUUACAUCACAUACAAAACAUGGCUAA